GCUGACUAUAAAGUGUACUUCGUGUCUCACUGAUUAUAAAGUGUAUUUCUUGUCAUGCUGACUAUAAAGUGAACUUCGUGUCAUACUGACUACCAGGUGUACUUAGUGGCUUAAUGACUACAAUUUGUGUUACGUAUCUUACUGACUACGAAGUGUAUUUGGACUUUCGACAUAUACAGAUACAUACUCAUAUCGGUGAGUAGACAGAAAAAAAUACAUUGAUAAAGACAGCCGAUAUAUACACUUAUCACUUACUAUAUAUGAUGCAACUGUAGAAUUUUAUUUUUCGUUUUGUUAAUUGUGUGGAGUUCCCGGAGCAAGAUAUCUGUUCAGGAUUCUCAGAUGACAAAUGGGACAGCUCCAAAUUCCUGAUCGUACAUAAUCUAAAAAAUAAUCAAGCGGAUAUAUUCUAUAAAGUUCUUUGGUGUGUGCAGGGACAUCAAGAAGAGUGUAUUAACCUACCUAAAUAACGUAUAAAAAGAUAUGUCAGUGUACAGCCAGUCGACAAUUAGGAGCAAUGCUAAUAGGUCAACAGUUUUGUGAUUUUUUACCUGGCGAUGUAAACAUCUCCGGAUCUAAAAUGUCCACUACAAAUGGAAAGUACUCUAUGCCGAUAUAUGAUGGAGACAUGCUACCAACGUUUACAACCCUGUUACCAACUGCGGAUAAACACAUGGGUGCCAUACGGGACAUUGAAUCAAAUGACACCGAUGUUUUGAUAUGUACCUUUCCUAAAACAGGUAAGAAGCGUGGAUUUGAUCUCAGGUUUAUGUUCAUUAGCUCUAACUUGACACAAUAAUAUCGUUCUAAGUUUAAUCCAGGAUGGAAUUCUAGAAUCUCGCAUCAAUACUUUAAACAGUUAUUAUCGUUAAUAUGAUACGACAAUCGCGGUUAAUUUAUCUAAAGGUAGUUUAUACGGCGUCAAGAUGGAAAUAUACAAGUCCUGACUUUGUUUAAAAUAUUUAUAUUUCUCUGUUGCGGUAAUCGAAUUAUCCUUAAUCUACUCUGUCAGCAAUUUGCAUAUUUCAUCGAAACUAAAGCAAUCCAGGAAAAAUUCGUUUCUUGUUAUUCGACGCGCGGCGCUAGUACUAAACCGUUUUACACAUGUGAUCUGACAAAGUAUUCAUGGUUCCGUUUUGGGACGUCUCAGCUCGGCUUUUAUUGACAGUUUAUAUAAACAACUUAAAUGAUGCUAGGAUUCAACUUCGACAUCGAUACAAUCAGUAAUGAAGUAUCUUUUUGUUUCGGAUGUACACAGGCGUAGUGACAAACACGAUGAGUGAAACAUCAAUAUAUGGAUCCUAUUCUUCUUAAGUUUUGCAAAUAGUUGGAGCCACAUGUUGGUUGGGAAAGAUCUGAAAGGAAAAUUAUUGUAAUUAUUAUAAGUCUGGAGGCUAUGGUAUAACUGUCACAGCAAACCAAUAUGAAAAAGUACCAAUAUGUUAUAUUGUAAGUACUGUAAAUAAAACCCAUAUGGCUUAAUUGAAAAAGUAUUGCCUGAAGGUAGUUCAUAUUCAUUUAUUGCAACUCAUUAUAUUAAUAGGUACAAACUGGACCUAUGAGAUCGUUUCUAUGCUGCUUCAAGGUCAUUCAUCAUACCUCAAGGAUCUUAAAACUAUAGCAUGCUUGAAAUCAUAGACCUUACAAACUUGACCAACAUGGCGUCACCACGAGUACUUAAUACUCAUAUCCCAUUCCGAUUUCUGCCCAAGCAACACUUAACCAAGGGAUGCAAGAUAGUCCACGUCCUCAGGAAUCCAAAAGACACACUGGUAUCGUGGUAUAACCACUGUAAAUUAGACUCCCGUCUUCGUCACCCAAGUACAGCUGACGAAGGAGAGUUUCCGGGGACGUGGGAAAAUUUCCUAAAGGACCAGAUAGAAAACAAACACAAUAUGUACGAUGGGUUCAUCAAAUACGAGAAGGAUUGGGAGGUCGCCAAACUUACCAAAGCUGUAACUAACGUACACACCAUGUUCUAUGAGGAUCUUCGGAAGGAUCCAGUGGCUGAAAUCAAACGUCUAGCUGGAUAUUUAGAAGUGCCUGCUUACGAGGAACUUGUGAUGGAUAUUGCAGAUAAGUGUUCGUUCAAAAACUUACAAAAUGCUGCCAUAUCGAUCAAAACUGGGAAUAUCCCGGUUACGGAAGGAGGAAUCAAGUUCUUAUUUAGGAAAGGCAUGGUCGGUGACUGGAAAAACUGGUUCACAGUUGCUCAAAACGAACAGUUUGACGAAUUUCUAAACAGAGAGCUAAAGGGAUCGUCACUUAAAUUUAAAUAUGAAAUAUGAUAUUCAGUGAUGUUGUCAUAGGAACAACUUGUUCACAUAUACGUGUUUGGAAGAGUUCUAUAUCACUGUCAAGUAUAGAUGAAUAUCAAAUCAUUAAUAUAUGAA